AUGAAUGGAGGAAUGGAGCAUAAAACUCCAGGUCACAAUGUGGUGCCUCAUAAAGCGCCUAAAAACUAUAAAUUGCUCAUGGACCCUUUCCUUGUGAAGGGAGUUACGGCAAAAGUUUAUAGAUACGAUGGCAAUGUUCCUGGCGACACAACUUAUCCACCGGUGCAGUGCAGAGACCCUCGAUCGCAGCUUUCAAGGAUCUGGAAUAGAUUAGAGCCAGCAGAUCUCCCAGUCCCUAGGUUCAAAAUAGACAAAAAUUAUGUAGGAAUACCUCCUCAAUUGGAAAUCACCAUAGGAAAUUUAAAUGACAAUAUUGAUAAAGCAUUUCUGGCAGAUAUGAUGAAUAAAGUAGGUCCCUAUGAAGAAUUAACAAUAUUUUACCAUCCAAUCACAAACAGGCACUUGGGAUUUGCAAGAAUAGUGUUUCAAGAUGUAAAAUAUUCUAAGCUAUGUGUAGAAAAAUAUAACGGGAAAUCUGUCAUGGGUCAGGUGCUUGAAGUCUUCCAUGAUGCUUUUGGUAAGAAAUGCCAAGAAAUGUUUGAAAAUAAGACUGUUGAGAAGAAGCCCCAGCUGGUGGCUCCCCCUAUUGUCACCAAGCCUCCAGUCAUUGUUGAAGAAGUCAGACCAACUAAGACUGACCCCACACUCAGCAAGAGAUUAGAAGAAGCUAAAAUUACUGAAAAAGAACCCUACUCCCGCUACAAGGAGAGCAUAGACCAUGCCAGUGACAGUAACACCCGGUGGUCAGACGAAGAGAGAGAGUACCGACAUCGACACCGCAGCCGCGGCGAGCGAGACAGGGACAAGGAUAGAGACCGAGGAGAUCGUGACCGCAAAAAAUGCAAGAGGAAAUGUCGGCGAAGAGAACGGUACCGCGAGCGGUACGGGCGCGGUACGAGCGAAACGAGCGAAGCGACAUACGCGGGCGGGCACGCCCCCGAGGUGCCGUACACGCCGCACGCGCCGCACCCCACGCACCCGCCCCCCGCCGCCAUGCCGUACGAACCCUACUACCAGCAGAGCUAUGGGUACAGUUACACUCCAGGCGGCGCGGCGAGUGGGAGUAGUAUGUGGUGGGGAGACUGGAGACAUCCACACCACAGCUCACACCACCACUCGCACCUGGAGCGUCGUUCGUCGGCGACGCCGGGGUGGGUGGCACCCGCUACACCAGUCAACAAGGACUCGCACUCACCCGACCUCAGGGACAAGGAGCGACCGCACAAGGAGAAGGAAGUACCCGUGGACCCUAAGUCUGCGGAAGUGGUGGAGCCCCGUCCCCCUGAAGACAUCACGGACAGCAAGGAACCAGAGCCCAAGCCACCGCCACCUGCUGAGGAACCUAAGAAUGUCGACCUUGACACUAGAAUAGCGAUGUUGCUGAAGGGUGUCAGUACAGGCGGAGGCAUGGCGCCACCUUUCCUUGCUCUCGGUAUUUCUUCAGAAGAAGAGGACGAGGACCGCUUACCUCCUAAUAUACCUGAUAUCGACACACAUAACCCCCCUUCGGAUGACGAUGGUUCAAUAAGUGAAGACCGAGAGAGUAUUAUCUCAUUAUGUUCAAUGAAUAAUGUGGCUCCUGAACCGCUGUCUACCACUCCGUCACCAUACCUAGAACGCCAGAACUACCUCGAUUGUUUACACAAUACUUUAGAACGAGAUGCUCAAAAGCCAGCCCCAGUUCCUAGAAAGAAGUUUCCUCCUAUUGACAAGAUUGGGUCGGAUAUCUCGUCGUCAGAGGACGAGCUACUAACGGGAGAAGACCCGCGACGUUCACCCGCCGAGGAACAAAACAGGGACCAAGAUAACUUAGAUGAUGAUCAGAUGUCGUUAUCAUCUCUGUCGUCGACGGAGGCUAAGAUAGAGGAGCAAGUACCGGCGGAGGCGUACUACCCGACAUAUCCCCCCACUACUGCCCCCCCGCCACACACUCACCCUCACUACUACCACCAACCCAUGUGGCCACAUACAGCGUACCCCCCGCCCGGCUAUGGCGGGCCGGAGUUGCCGGGCGUGAUGCCGUACGGGGGCACGUUCGCGGCGCCGCCCAUACUGCCGCACCACUACCCUACCUACACAGAGCCCGCGCAGCCUGCACAGGAGCUGGACAACCCUUACUACCCAACAAUAAACAGUGUAAUAGAACGCGUCACCGCGGAGCUCAAACAAAUUCUAAAGAAAGACUUCAACAAGAAGAUGAUUGAAAGCACUGCGUUCAAGAGCUUUGAAGUCUGGUGGGAUGAACAGAGUCGGAAGAACAGACAACCCAAGCCCAAGGAGGAAGCUGGACAACCUUUACAGGUACACAACCCUCCUGACAUCUCCAAUAAGAAGGAAGAGGCAGUGGACUCGAUAAAGUGCAUCAUGGAGUCCCGAGAGAUCGGGCUUGAACUAGGAGGGUACGGAGUGGGCAUAGGCCUAGGGCUCCGAGCUACAAUACCUAAGAUGCCCAGCUUUAGACGUAAGCGGAAAAUACCGUCACCUGUCUUCAUGGAUGAUGACUCUUCGAAGAGGUUGAGUGACCAGGAGGAAAUGGUACAAAAUUCAGACGAAGAGAAAGAGGUGCCGACGAGUCCGCGGAACAGAACAACUGGUUCCUACCUAUCCAGGAGCCGCCGGCGGCAGUCCAGUAGUUCAUCCAGAUCGUCUUCCUCAUCAUCAAGUAGAUCGUCGUCUUCCACUGGGUCGGAGCGGAAGGGUCCCGCGCCGCGGAUAUACUCCGACACCGAGGAUGACUCCGAACUCGACGAGGCAGAGCCCUCCCAGGCGGUUGAGAACGAUAAGCCGCUUUGGAGAAAAAUGCUCAAAGUGGUGUCGAACAAGGAGCGGCUCCGGCGAGUGUACUCGUCCUCGUCAGACAGCGAAGAGGAACAGAGUCGGAGAGAAAAAACCCCAAUCCCUACAAUGGAGGCGUGGGGAGGCGAGGGCGAGGGUGAGGUCUCAGGAGGCGAAGCUCCCGCCGCGGCCAGUCCUCCACGGGACUUAUUGCUCGACAGAGUGUACUCGGACUCCGAAGAAGAGAGGGAGUACCAGGAGAGACGGCGUCGCAACACGGAGUAUAUGGAACAAAUCGAGCGAGAGUUCCUGGAGGAACAGAGACGGAAAAUGGAGACGGAUACGCACCCGCUGCCUGAGAAACCACCUGAUGACAGUAAACCGGAGACGCAGCCAGAAGAACCUCACAGUAGUCCAAUCAAGAAGGCGGCGAAGUCUCCGGAGCGCGGGGCGGUGCUGGAAGAUGGGUCCCAGAGCGACGACUCCGCCCCCCGGCGCGCGCGCCCCGCCCCCGGCCCCGCCCCCCACGCCCGCCAGCGCAUCGUGUCCUUCAGCGACCACAGCACCACCGAGACCGCCGUCAGUGUCAACGGGAUCAAAGAUGCAAGCAGCGCGUUAUCAGAGACGUCGUCGCCUCAGUCUCAGGCUUCUCAGGCGUCGCAGGCGUCGCAGGUCGCCCUCGACCACUCCUACUGCCGGCCGCCGCCUGAACAACCCGAGAGGAGGCCUUCCAACCAUCUGCAACAUGAUCACGGUUAUACAUGGAUGGCGGAACCGGAGAGCGCUGUGUCGCCGCCCGUGGAGGAACCCGUCAGCAAGAAGGAUGCCAAGCGGCCGUACAAGAGGAAACACGAACCUAAGAAACUCGCUGAGAUACAAAACAAACUGUACGAACCACGCGAGGCGGAUUACGACAAAGUUCUGUAUCCUAGGGUAACAUUCAAGCCGCGUGACUUGAUGGCGGAGAUGCAAGUGAUGUACGAGUUCCUGACGCGCGGCAUCGACCGCGAGGACGUGGAGUACUUGCGCCGCGCCUACGACGCGCUCCUGGCCGAGGACACGCACGGGUACUGGCUCAACGAUACUCACUGGGUCGACCAUCCACCCACGGACGUCUGCUACUCGCCGCCCAAGAAGAAGUCUAAGAGGCACAACAACAUUUAUGAGGAUUUACAGGGUCAUUCGAGUGGUUCAGCUCGCACCGAAGGCUACUACAAGAUGGACGCGCGGCUGAAGGCGAAGUACAAGUACCACCACGGACGGAGCUCCGCGGCCGCCCUGCACGCGCACUCUGACGACAAGAAGGCCUCCAAGAUGCAAGGCCUGUCUAGGGAAGCUCGGUCCAACCAGAGGAGACUACUCACCGCUUUUGGUACAGACACAGAUUCUGACUUGUUAAAGUUCAAUCAGCUCAAGUUCAGGAAGAAACAGCUCAAGUUUGCCAAGUCUGGCAUCCACGACUGGGGUUUGUUCGCACAAGAGCCGAUAGCAGCGGACGAGAUGGUGAUAGAGUACGUGGGACAGAUGGUGCGACCCAUAGUGGCCGACGUCAGGGAGGCGCAGUACGAGGCCACCGGCAUCGGCAGCUCGUACCUGUUCCGGAUAGACCUCGACACCAUCAUCGACGCCACCAAGUGCGGGAACCUCGCCAGGUUCAUCAACCACAGCUGCAACCCGAACUGCUACGCGAAGAUUAUAACAAUAGAGUCUCAGAAGAAAAUCGUGAUAUACUCAAAGCAGCCGAUAGGAGUAGACGAGGAGAUUACCUACGACUACAAAUUCCCUCUAGAGGACGAGAAGAUUCCCUGUCUGUGCGGCGCGCCGCAGUGUCGAGGCUUCCUCAACUGA